UGCGACAUUUCCGACGGUCGCUGAAGGCAGCAUCAGCUCCAUCCAGGAGAGCAUCAGUGUAGAACAGCCAGUUGUUCAGGGCCGACAAACACCACAAUCAGAAGGUAAACUCUCCUCUUCCUGCUACUCUGGAGCCUCGACAUUUCAUACACAACAACAGUCAUCAUGGCGGAAGCCCACCAGGCGGUGGCCUUCCAGUUCACGGUCACCCCAAAUGGCAUUGAUCUGCGGCUAUCCCACCAGGCCCUCACUGAGAUCUACCUCUCUGGCGUGCGCUCCUGGAAGAAGCGCAUCAUCGGGCUGAAGAACAGCGUGAUAACGGGAGUAUAUCCUGCCAGUCCUUCCUCCUGGCUCUUUGUGGUCAUAGCAAUCCUGGCUACUAUGUACACGCGCUCCGACCCCUCCAUGGGACUCAUAGCCAAGAUACAGGAGCACCUGCCAGUCAGCCAGUCGAUGAGCUCCCAGUGCCGGACGCUGGUGUCAGCGGUGCUCUUCAGCACCAUGCUGUGGCUGUUGCUCAUCUUCACCAUGCGCAUGUGCCUCAAGCAGCUUCUCUCCUACCACCGCUGGAUGUUCGAGAAGCACGGCAAGAUGUCCAACACCACCAAAGUCUGGGUGGCGCUGGUGCGGAUCUUCUCUGGCAGAAAGCCUCUGCUCUACAGUUACCAGGGUUCGCUGCCAAACCUGCCGGUGCCUCUCAUCAAGGACACUGUCAGGAGGCACCUGGAAUCAGUGCGUCCGCUGAUGGAUGACACAGAGUAUGAACGCAUGACCAAGCUGGCGGCAGAGUUUGAGAGCAGCCUCGCUAACCGCCUGCAGUGGUAUCUCAAACUCAAAGCUCUCUGGGCCACCAACUACGUCAGUGACUGGUGGGAGGAAUACGUCUAUCUACGGGGACGUAGCCCAAUAAUGGUCAACAGUAACUUUUAUGGCAUGGACUUCAUGUAUGUGACGCCCACACCCAUCCAGGCGGCCAGGGCGGGAAACAGCCUUCACGCAUUCUUCCUAUACCGCCGCAAACUCAACAAAGAAGAAAUCAAACCUACCCUUAUACCAGGCAUUGCCAUUCCUCUGUGUUCCGCUCAGCAUGAGAGGCUAUUCAACACCACACGCAUUCCUGGAGAGGAGAUCGACACUGUGAAACAUUGGCAGGACAGUGAGCACGUAGCGGUAUACAACAGGGGUCGCUACUUUCGUCUCAAGAUGUACCAGGCGGGCAGACUCCUGUCGCCCGGGGAGAUUGAAUUCCAAAUUCAGAGGAUCCUUGAUGACCCUGCACCUUCCUCUAAAGGGGAGGCCAAACUGGGGGCCCUGACCGCUGGAGACAGAAUUCCAUGGGCUGAAGCCAGGACGAAGUAUUUCAACAGUGGGGUCAAUAAGCUCUCUCUGGACUACAUUGAGAAAGCCGCCUUCUUUGUGUCCCUGGAUGACGAGGAACAGGGCGUGAAGGCAGAUGACCCGGCUAGUUUAGAUUCAUACGCCAAAAACUUGUUGCAUGGGAAAUGUUAUGACAGAUGGUUUGACAAGUCCUUCACAGUUGUUUACUACAAGAAUGGAAAAAUGGGCUUAAAUGGAGAGCACUCGUGGGCUGAUGCACCGGUGAUAUCACACGCGUGGCAGCACAACAUGUCCACUGACUGUUUCCAGCUCGGCUACAAUGCAGAGGGCCACUGCAAAGGAGAAGUGGAUUCGUCACUACCACGACCACAGAAGCUGAACUGGGAAAUCCCUCCAGAGUGUGAGGAGCAGAUCUCUCAGUCUUUGGCGGUGGCCCAGGCCCUGGCUGACGAUGUGGACUUCCACGUUUUUGCCUUUGAAGAAUUUGGCAAAGGAAGGGUCAAGAGGUGUCGAGUCAGUCCAGACGCCUUCAUUCAGAUGGCUCUUCAGUUGGCCAACUACAGGGACCAGGGGAGAUUCUGUUUCACAUACGAAGCCUCCAUGACCCGUCUGUUCAAGGAGGGCAGGACUGAGACGGUUCGCUCCUGCACCAAUGAGAGCAGUGCCUUCGUCCAAGCGCUGGAGGGUGGAGAGGCAGCAGAUGUGUGCAGGCGUUUGUUCCAGGAAGCGGCAGAAAAGCACCAGCAUCUAUACCGCAUGGCUAUGACCGGAGGGGGCAUCGACAGACACUUCUUUUGCCUCUACCUGGUGUCCAAAUACCUCAGAGUGGAGUCUCCUUUCUUGAAAGAGGUGCUGUCUGAGCCCUGGCGGCUGUCCACCAGUCAGACUCCGAUACACGUGGAGAUGUUUGACAUCAUCAACUACCCAGAGUACGUCUCCUGUGGAGGGGGCUUUGGACCGGUGUCUGAUGACGGUUACGGGGUGUCCUACUCCUUGAUGGGCGAGAACGUAUUCAACUUCCACAUCUCGUGCAAGCACUCAUGUCCAGGCACUGAUGCCCAUAAGUUUGGUGCUCAGAUCAAACAAGCCCUGCGCGACCUGCUACAGCUGGUGUGCCCCAACCGACCAGAGCUCACCAAGACAGAGAAGAGAAGGCCAGAGUUCAAGAAAGACCUGUAGGAGGAACACUCAGGGGAAAACAGACGCUGAAGGGAAGGUGUGCAAGCAUAAAUGUUACACUAUGAAGUGAGGAGAAACGUUUUUAUUCCCCCUCAUGCAUUGGGAGAAUUUUAUAGCCAGCCAGAUGAUAUACAAGGGAACAGCUGGAGGUGAUGUUUUUACUGAUAUGCAUCUGUAUUUGUGUGUGUAUAUUAGGUGUGUGAUGGGUGUGUGAGAAGGAAAAGGGUCUGUAGAUUAACAAAUGAAGAAGUGUGAUUCAAGUACGGUGCGGUUUAUUGGUUUAG